AGUCUUUUUCUUUCUCUGCUUUUUGUCAUUCUAGAGAGAGAAACAACUCUUGCUUGCAAUCUAGAGAGAGAAGGUAGGGGAGACGGAGAGAUGGUGGAUGACUUCAUGGUGUGUGUGGAUAGGAUCAUAGCAUCAGCAUGCUUUGAAUCAGUGAAUGGAGGAGGUGGAGGAGUGAGAGGUGAAGGGAGUGAGAAUGUGUGUGCUGUUACUAACAGUGGAGGAGCAGGAGGAGGAGGAGAGUGGUGUUCAAAGAAGGAGGGAGGGAUGGUCAAAGGUGGUGGGGUUGUGGUUGAGUGUAGGAUAUGCCAGGAAGAAGAUGAAGAGCAUGCAAUGGAGGCCCCUUGUGCCUGCAAUGGCACUCUCAAGUUUGCUCAUAGGAAGUGCAUUCAGAGAUGGUGCAACAAGAAAGGCGACACCACCUGUGAAAUCUGCAAUCAGGUAUUUUCACCGAAUUAUUCUCUUCCACCAGGCAGAAGCAAUCCUGAUGUAAUGGCGAUUGAUAUCAGACAAGCAUGGGGGCCCCAUAUUGAUCUCCGGGAUCCUCAUUUUCUAGCGCUAGCUGCUGCUGAACGUCAGCUACUGCAGUCAGAAUACGAAGACUAUGCUGUUGCAAACACUGGUAGCAUUGCCUGCCUCCGGUCCGUUGCUCUCAUUUUGUUGAUAGUUUUGCUUAUACGGCAAGCUCUGAUGGUCACAAGAGACUCUGGGAUGGUUCAGGAAUCAUCGAUAUUCUUCAAUUUUCAGAUAUCGCUGCUUCAAUUUGCUGGUUUUCUUCUCCCAUGCUACGUGAUGGCCCGAUCAUGGUACAUUAUACAGUGUCGAAGGAGGCGGCAGGGUUAACUGAAGAAUGAAAGACACUGAUGCUGCCAUUCUCCAAUGGUUCUUCCCAAUGCAUCUUCACAGGCAAACCCUUCUGUAUAUUGCAUUUUCCUUAAGCUAUGUACAAGGCACCCAAGAAGUGCCAAAAAGAUUCAACAACCAAAGCCCUAGUAGCUUAACCUUGAAGCUACUCAAGAACUCAACAAGAAGAAAAUGUAAAUAAGAAUGUUGAGUUCAGUAGGGUUUUUGUUAUAUCUUGCUGUGUGGUGUGAGGUAUGAUUUGAAAAAAUUGGUUGGCCCCAAUGGGGAAAUGGGUCUUGAUCUCUUGUUUCAAAUGAAGGUUGUUCAACACUUUGAAAGAGCCACAAGGGCUUCAAAAUAGGCCCAUUGUUCA